AUGGCAAAAGUACCAGCAGUCAAAAGGCGCAAGCUUACACCUCCUCCAACAGAUGGGGAAGAGCCAUCACCGUCGACUUUAGAAAAUGCGCCGGCACCGAAUUCAAAUGCGUUUUUUAAGACGGCUUCGAAAUGGAAUUUAGAGCAGGAUUAUGAAUCGAGACCGCGAAAAGGAAAGAAGGAGAAGAAAGAAAGUACCAGAUUACCAAUCAAAACCAAGGAAGGAUUGGUGCAGCAAGUAGAAGCGCCAGUGGAGGUUGAUGAGGAGGAAAGUGAUUUGGAAUGGAUUGGUGCGGACGACGUCGUGGAUGAUGAGGAACCCGAAGAAAAGGUCGACGAAAAGCCCUCUGUACCGAUUCGACAACAGAUUAUGGAAGCCAAGGAAGAAUUGGCACGGAUAGCGUUGAUGUUGAACGAGGAUCCGGAAGAAAACGUGGGAGCAUUUAGAGCUAUAUCAGAAUUUGGAAGAUCGCACAAUAUUACGAUCAAGAAAUUGGCACUGGCUACACAAUUGGCCGUCUACAAAGAUGUUAUUCCAGGAUACAGGAUACGACCUUUAUCAGAAGAGAACAUGGAAGAGAAAGUUUCGAAAGAAGUGCGAAAGUUGAGGGCAUAUGAGCAGGCUCUUGUGGGAGGAUAUCAAGCAUAUGUGAAGGAAUUGGCCAGGCUCGCAACAUCCGGGAAGCCUCAUAAUAAGAGUGAUGGUGGUGCAAGUCUUCCAACCAUUGCUAUAUCUUGUGCUUGCGCAUUGUUAGAAGCUGUGCCCCAUUUCAAUUUUCGAUCGGAUCUAUUGAAGAUAUUGGUAGGAAAGCUUAGUACCAGAAAUGUAGACAGCGAAUUCGUGAAGUGUCGAGAGACUAUCGAAACAUUGUUUAAGAAUGACGAUGACGGGACCUCAUCUUUGGAUGCGGUCAAUACCUUAACGAGAAUGAUGAAGGGGAGAGGAUACAGGGUGGACGAAAGUGUGUUGAAUACCUUUUUACAUUUGAGAUUAUUAUCAGAGUUUUCUGGAAAGGCAUCGACAAAUCAUGUCGAUCCUGAGGAAGACAGCUUCGGGGGCAAGAAACUAAAGGAAAAGAGGGUAUUCCGUACCAAAAAGGAGCGAAAGUUGGUGAAGGAGCGAAGAGUAGUUGAAAAGGAGAUGGUUCAGGCCGAUGCAACAGUCAGCCACGAAGAUCGAGAGCGUAUGCAAUCAGAAACACUGAAGCUUGUGUUUGUGACAUACUUCCGCAUCCUAAAAGUUCGAUCUCCAUCUCUCAUGGGCGCCGUACUGGAAGGUUUAGCACGAUACGCCCAUCUCAUCAAUCAAGAUUUCUUUGGUGAUCUCCUGGAAGCGCUUAAAGAUCUUGUUGGUCACGCCGAGACAGGCGACGAUCUUGAGGAAAACGAAGCGGAAGACGAAAACUCUGAAGCCUCCCGCAAUCUCACCCGCGAAGCUCUCCUUUGUAUCAUUACCGCAUUCGCCCUUCUCGAAGGUCAAGACGCACAUAAAGCUCAAGUCUCGCUUAGCUUAGAUUUAAGUUUCUUCAUCACUCAUCUCUACCGCACCCUGCACGCCCUAUCUCUCAACCCCGACAUUGAACUCUCCGCCAAAUCCCUCCAUCUACCCGACCCCCACGCCUACUCGACCAAAAACAACAAAGUCAACAUCCAAACCACCACCGUCCUUCUCCUCCGCUCUAUCUCCUCGGUCCUCUUACCACCCCUCGCCGCUCGCGCAGUGCCCCCUCUGAGAAUCGCUGCUUUCACUAAACAACUCAUGAUCUGUUCUCUUCAAUUACCCGAGAAAUCCGCUACGGCGAUGGUGGCUUUGAUAGGGAAAGUCACCAAGAUUCACGAGACGAAGGUGAAGAGUCUGUGGAAUACCGAGGAGAGAAAGGGUGAUGGUAUGUUUGAUGGUUGUAGUGUGGAGGUGGAGGGAAGUAAUCCCAUGGCAAGUACGAUUUGGGAGGGAGAAUUGUUGAGGUUGCAUUAUUGUCCGGCGGUUAAGGAGGGCAUGAAGGUGGUGGAGAAGAACGUGAUUGGUUUGAAGGGUUAA